ACGACUGUGGUUGUGUUUUUAGCUGUGUGAGUGGUGUGCGUGUGUGGGUAAUCUAUACGAGUGCAGCAGUGAGUGUGUGCGUUAGUAACCCUCAUAAUAAUAAUAAUAAUAAAAUGUCAAAUGUGCAAUCGACAAUAACUGAAUAACAACAUUAAAUGUUAAUCAUUAUGCAGUAUUGCAGCAAGCACUGAGCGUSUGCCGUCUGCGACUCAGUUAGUAACUAUAUAGUGUUAUUAAGUGUUUUAGUUCGCGUCUGUUUUAUUUUGAAAUAUAAUAAAUAUUAUGAAUACAAAUAUAUUUAUGCACGACAGCAGUUGUAGUGCCGAAAAGCGAUAAAAUUAUUCAGUGGCCAAAGAACAACUACAUGGUCCGAACCGCCAGUGUUCCUCUACGCAAUUGAUCUUGUGUUGUUCGUAAAUUCUGCCUUCAGUUCUAAGCCUCUUCAUCUCAAGUAUACCGAAGCUUAAAAAAUAUUAUGUCGUCAUUGACACACGGGUUGCUGGUCGUGUUGUACUUGGGCCAAGCCACGGCAUACAUCGAAAAAAUCAUGGAAAAUGACAGCGUUUGUUCGAUGAGUUUCUUUUCAAAUAAUUUAGACCUUACUGGUCGCGAAGAUCAAUCAGCUAUGGUAAUCAAAGAUAACCAAUAUUUUCAGAAAUGGACUGGCAAACACGAAUUUAAUUGUAAAUUUACAGUAACUUCUUCACUUGGGUUGGGUGUUUUUGCUGUCAUACAGCAUAUGUCUUUUAGACGUAAUGCUCAAGGACAAUGUAUUGAUUACAUUCAAUUUCGCCAUGCUGAAAAAACCUUAAGUGUUCUAGACUUAAAUAUUAAAAUUAAGUCGGCAGACAGCUGGGGUGAAAAAAUUUGUGGAAAAUUAAAUGCAUUUGAAGCCAAUGCCGGUAAUGAAUAUAAUCAAGGAAAUGACGGAAAUGAUGAUAAAGAAAUAAAAAACUCAUUUGUUGAUCAUAAGGGUAUAAUCGAAGUUAAAAUAUAUCUUGGAAAUAAAUCUAUCGAAUCUAGUGAUGAACUAAAAUUUGAGAUUGUGUUCACAGCGUUCCAAGAAUGUAAAUUUGACAAUGGUCAUUGGAGAAGUUGUGGUAGAAAAACGUGUAUUUUUAAAGAUUUUUUCAAUGAUGGGAAAGUUAAUUGCCCAUACAAAAGUUGUAAAGAUGAGAGUGGUUGUCGCCCAGUAGUGUCAGUACUCAAUAGUAACUAUAUGAGCAGCACAACUUUUGGGACUAAAAUUGUGGCUGCAACAGUUGCCUGCUUGGUUACCAUGAUUUUAGUGUUCAUUGCGUUCCUAUGGAUAUUUAGGCAUUGCGGACCUGCAUUUUGUUGUAUAAGCAACCCUAAUAGCCAUCCACAUUCUUCAGAAAUGCAACCAGUACCACGAUUGGACACAAUGGCUAUUAUAGCUUCAGCUCCACCCGAUUCUAUGGUGGCUAGCGGUACCGAAGUAAGAACUGCCGAUAAAGAUCUACCACCUUCAUAUGAGUCAUUGUUCCCAAGUAAAUAGUAACCGCGACCAAUAUUAUAAGGAUCUGUAAAAUUUCUUCAUCUCAUGUAGUUUAUUAGGUGAAUUUUAUACGUUUAUUUAACAUUUCUAUCUGAACAAAUUUAUCAUUAUUAUUAUUUUUAA